GCUUUCUCUGUGUGAGGGCGCUUGACCUUAGGCUUUGGCCUUUAUUGUUGCCUUCGAACUUUAGGGACCUGUAACGCGAAAGCCAAGUAGCUCAACGCCGUUGGAGGGUCUUACUAUUGAGAGGGCGCCUGCCGUGUAGAAAGAGUACUGCGACCAGCCAGGCGGCCCAUCGCAUCCAUGUCCUCGAAAAGAAAGGCAGCCGGGGAGGCGGGGGCCGCGGCAGGGGCCUCUGCCAAAGGCAAGAAGGCAAAGAAAGGCACGGGCAAGGCAGCAGAAGAGGUGACAGAUCCCGUUGAGCUCGAUGAGGAGAUGCCAUCAGAGCCAGAAGAUGAUUAUCUGGACGAAGAAGAACCUUUGGAAGAGCAAGGCACGUUCAAUGAUCGGGACUUUUCCAAGCUGGAGCUGAAGCCCGACCAUGUGAACCGGCCCCUCUGGAUCUGCACGGACGGGCGCAUCUUCCUUGAGACUUACUCCCCUAUCUACAAGCAGGCCUACGACUUCCUCAUCGCCAUCGCUGAGCCGGUGUGCAGGCCAGAGUGCGUUCACGAGUAUAACCUGACUCCCCACUCCCUUUACGCCGCUGUCUCUGUGGGCUUGGAGACCGAGACGAUCAUCUCCGUCCUUGAACGCCUGUCCAAGACCCGACUCCCCGAAGAGAUUGCGCGCUUCAUCCGCGACUCGACGCUCAACUACGGCAAGGUCAAGCUGGUUCUGCAGCGCAAUCGCUUCUUCGUCGAGUCCUCCUCUCCUUCCAUUCUUCGCAAGCUGCUCCAGGAUGACGUCAUCUCGCGCGCCAGGCUUUCGAGGGACGAUUUCACGAUCAGCCGCGCCCCGGAAGAGGCCGCCGCGCGCGAGAUGGAGAAGGACCUCCUCGCGGAAGGCGAACCCGAGCCAGGCGCGGAAGCGCUAGAAAAAGACCUGCACUCGUUCGAGAUCGACCCAGAACAGGUGGAGCACGUCAAGCAGCGAUGCCUACAGCCGGGGGAUCUCUGCUACCCCAUGCUCGAAGAGUACGACUUUCGCAACGACACGGUAAAUCCAGAUUUGAACAUCGAGCUGAAGCCCAUGACCCAAAUCCGACCGUACCAGGAGAAGAGUCUGAGCAAGAUGUUCGGCAACGGCCGUGCGCGGUCGGGAAUCAUUGUGCUGCCGUGCGGUGCCGGCAAGUCGUUGGUGGGGGUGUCAGCGUCGUGCCGAGUGAAGAAGAGCAUCCUCUGCCUCUGCACCAGCUCCGUGUCGGUCGACCAGUGGGCGUAUCAGUUCAAGCUGUGGUCAACCGUCAAGGACGAGCAGAUCACGCGCUUCACGUCCGAGAACAAGGAGCGGUUCCGGCCUAACCAAGCCUCGGUUUGCGUAACCACGUACAACAUGGUCGCGUUCGGCGGACGGCGCUCCGAGGAGUCGGAGGAGAUCAUCAACCAGAUUAAGAGCCGGGAGUGGGGGCUCCUGCUUAUGGACGAGGUCCACGUGGUGCCCGCCCAGAUGUUCCGAAAAGUCAUUGGCAUCACCAAGUCGCAUUGCAAGCUGGGGCUCACGGCGACGCUGGUGCGCGAGGACGAGCGCAUCAGCGACCUCAACUUUUUGAUCGGCCCCAAGCUGUACGAGGCCAACUGGCUGGACCUGGUGAAGGCGGGCCACCUGGCCAACGUGCAGUGCGCGGAAGUCUGGUGCCCAAUGACGCGCGAGUUCUACCGCGAGUACCUCAAAAAGGAGAACGCCGGCAAGCAGCAGGCGCUGUACGUGAUGAACCCGAACAAGUUCCAGGCGUGCGAGUUCCUGAUCCGGUACCACGAGCAGCAACGCGGCGACAAGAUCAUCGUCUUCUCCGACAACAUCUUCGCAUUGCGCGAGUACGCGCACGCGCUGCGCAAGCCCUUCAUUUACGGACCCACCAGUCACACCGAAAGGUCACGUGUACUAUACGCCUUCAAGCACGAUCCCAACGUCAACUGUGUAUUCCUCUCAAAGGUAGGAGAUAACUCGAUCGACAUCCCGGAGGCCAACGUCAUCAUCCAGAUUUCGUCGCAUGCGGGGUCGCGCCGGCAGGAGGCGCAGCGCCUGGGGCGUAUCUUGCGGCCGAAGGGUCGCGCGCAGGACCGUGUAGCGGGCGGCGCGGAGGAAUUCAACGCGUUCUUCUAUUCUCUCGUCUCCAAGGACACGGUCGAGAUGUACUACUCAACGAAGCGGCAACAGUUUCUCAUCGACCAGGGUUACAGCUUCAAGGUCAUCACGGAACUCCCUCCGCCCGACAUGGCGAGCGAGCUCUCCUACAGCACGCAGCAGGAGCAGCUGGACCUGCUGGGCCGCGUGCUGCAAGCGGACACCGCGGAAGCCGGCGAGGAGCGCCUCGGCGAGGACCUGGACGACAUCGAGCGCUACCGCGCGCGCCGCAGCGUCGGGAACAUGCGCGCGCUCUCGGGGGCGGACGGGAUGGUUUACAUGGAGUACAGCACGGGUCAGCCGCGUCCCAUGGGGGGACGGGGCCGAGGGCGGAUUCCGCAAGCCAGCCGCCAUAGAAUCUUCAGAAAUCGUUAUGGUGCAAGCCGACGGUAGUUGUCAUGUAACAUAUGCGUGGCCUUUGAACGCCCACGUUUGUACCCUUGGUUGUUUGUCCAUAGUCCUUGCUCAUCCUUCGCAAAUGAGCUCCAAUCCCGGUU